AUGAACUUGGCUGGUUACUAUGGCACUUUUGUCUUUGUCCCUGUUGUCGACGGUACCUUCAUUGUUGAACGCCCGACCGUCACGAUUACAGGCGGACGCCUCAACGGGGAGGUACUUUUAGCAGUGACCAACGCACACGAAGGAAAUAUCUUUGUUGAUCAAUCACUUACGAUGGACAUAUCGGAUUAUGUUUCCACCGUCUUCCCUGACGUUCAACCCUGGCAAGCUGCAAUGGCAACCCCUUUGUAUCAAGGCCUCGGCACCAAUGUGGAGCAAGCUAAUUACGCAAUGGGCGAAUCCAUCUUCAUCUGUCCUACCUACUAUCUCCUUCAAGCAUUCGGUAACAGAGCUUGGAAGGGCGAAUUUGCUAUCCCACCUGCACUUCAUGGCAACGAUGUCAGCUACUACUUCACGUCUGAUGGCCCUCCUUAUGAUAACUCCGAGUUCAUCACCGCCUUCUCGAACGGGUUUAUGGCUACAGCUAUGACCAUGAACCCUAACGACAGGUACAAUUCCGGCGACAUCACGCCUGCAUGGAAUACCUGGGUAUCUGGACAUACGGAAAUGAUGUUCAACGAGACGGAGGCUGGCGCACCGAGUGUGUACACCUACACGACUGACGAUGCGUUACUAGAGCGUUGCCUGUGA